AUGCUCGAUAAACUGAAAAACACAACCUGUCCGGCGCCCAUAUCCGACGUGGAUGGCCAGCCGCUGGAUAUCGGCAUCACCACGCAGUGGCUUCUUACCUACAUCUCUAUCCCCUGCAUCGCCAUCACAACCAUCGCCUGCCUUUACCUCAUCUUCAAGCACCUACACAGAUACUCUCGGCCGGCAGAACAGCGCCAGAUUGUGCGCCUCAUUUGGACUCCCGUCGUCUACAGCGUCUUUUCUCUACUGGGCCUUCUUUUCUACGAUGCAUACGAAUACAUCGAGCCAUUGCCGGAGCUCUACGAGGCGUUUGCUCUAGCAUGCCUCUUUGUUCUGUUCGUCCACUACGGUCGGAACCCCACCGUGCGCGAAAGCGGCUUCACGCGCUCCCAGACCCGCAACGAGUUCCAAAGCAUCGCAGACAUCAAGAAAACCUGGAUAAUGGUCUUCCAAUACCCCGUCGUCAAGACCAUCCUCAUCAUCGCCCAAGAAGCCUCCACAGCAACCGGCACAUACUGCGCCGCCUCCAACUCCAUCCACUUCGGCCACAUCUGGAUCACCCUCAUCAGCAACAUCUCCCUCGUCGCCUGCUUCCUCACCAUUGUCCGCUUCUACACCGCCAACAAACACCUCAUGGCCGUGCACAAGCCGCUCGCCAAGCUCCUCUCCUUCAAGCUCAUCGUCUUCGUCAUCUUCCUGCAGACGCUCGUCUUCAACUUCGUCCCCACGCCCGCCGGCCUCUCGCGCAACGGCACCCUCUCCCCGCGCGACGUCAAGUACGGGCUGCCCUCCGCCCUCGUCUGCCUCGAGAUGGCCGCCUUCGCCUUCUUCUUCCACUACAGCUUCCGCUCGCGCAUGUACCACCCGGACGAGCGCGGCCACGCGGGUCCGUGCAUGAGUUUUGCGGCGGCGUGCGUGGACGCCGCGAAUCCGAGCGAUUUGGUCAUGGAUAUCGCGCAGAUGUUUAGGCCGGAUCAGGCUGGGGCGGGGGCCGCCGGGGGGUAUGUCCGCACGACGGAGGCGGAGGCGGAGAGCUAUCGGAACAGUCCGUCGGUGCAUCCGCUGGUGACGCCGCAGGGCGCGCCGGCGCGGCCUGUGUCGCCGUUUGAUAUGCCGUCGGCGUAUGAGGGCGGUGGCGGCGGUGGCGGCGCCGCUCAGGGGGGUCAGCAGAUGCGGAUGCAUCUUUCUCCUCCGCCGCCGGGAUAUUGA